GCACCUUUUUGGGCAUACCUCCUGGGUGCACUAGGACUUUUUAUCUACCAGUCUCUGGAUGCCAUUGAUGGGAAGCAAGCCAGAAGAACAAACAGUAGUUCUCCUCUAGGAGAACUCUUUGAUCAUGGUUGCGACUCUAUUUCCACAGUUUUUGUUGUCCUUGGAUCCUGCAUAGCAAUCCGACUAGGAACAAAUCCUGACUGGUUGUUUUUCUGUUGUUUUGUGGGACUGUUCAUGUUCUAUUCUGCUCACUGGCAGACAUAUGUAUCAGGCAUACUCAGGUUUGGAAAAGUUGAUGUAACUGAAGUUCAGAUAGCCAUAACAGCGCUGCUCUUGAUCUCUGCAUACGGUGGGACAGCAGUGUGGGAGUACAAGGUCCCUUUGGUGGGUUUAGAACUGAAGUUCUUUGUGGUUUUUGGCAUACUGUGUGGAACAGCACUUUCUUUUUUCAAUUACUUCCGUGUCAUCUUUGGUGGAGGGGUUGGAAAGAAUGGAUCUACAAUAGCAGUGGCUCACAUGACAAAAAGUGAAAUCUGUCUUCAGGAGACUGCAUUUAUCGGGCCAGGACUUCUGUUUUUGGACCAGUACUUCGACAGUUUCAUUGAUGAAUAUAUUGUUCUAUGGAUAGCGCUGUUCAUAUCCUUGUUUGAUAUGCUGAGAUAUUCCACUGGUGUAUGCCUACAGAUUGCUGCUCAUCUUCAUAUACAUGUCUUCAGAAUUUCAUCUCAUCAAGCUCCUGAACAGGUUCAAAACCAUAACGACUGAUUAAAUAGGUCAAGGUCAAGAGAAGAAGCAGUCAGGGGAAUGGUGAAUGAAGCAGCCUCUAUUUUGGGGGGGGGAGGGAGACAGAUUAAGGCUUUCAAGCAAAUAGUGCUAUGAGAAAGCUCACUGUACCCCAGACACCAGCAGAU